GGCGGAGCUGGCUGGGGAGUGAUGCGGGCGGGCACAUCUCAGAACUUUUGUUUAGUGUGUUGUGUGAGUUAGUUUUCGCCGCCGGGACAGAGGCGCCGGCCGGGCUGGGCCGGGCUCGGGGAAGUUGCUGCUCGGUCGGGCUUGUUUUGCCAGUUGCUGCUGUCGGUUGUGUUUUCCGGCUGUGGGGGGCUGAGCAGCAGCAACGGGGGAGCCCCGGCCUGGGCAGCGGGGUAUGCGGGGUGGGGAGCCCGGGCUCUGAGUCGCCGAGCCCUCUACGGACGCGGAGCCAUGGAUCCCGGGCAGCCUCAGCAGCAAGCCCAGCCCCCGGCGCAGCAACAGGCGCCGCCGCCGGGCGCCCCGUCCGGCGCGGGGCAAACCCCGGGCGCGGGGCCUCCUCCGGCCGGGCACCAGAUCGUGCAUGUGCGGGGCGACUCGGAGACCGACCUGGAGGCGCUUUUCAACGCGGUGAUGAACCCCAAGGGCGCCAAUGUGCCGCACACGCUGCCCAUGCGGCUCCGCAAGCUGCCCGACUCCUUCUUCAAGCCGCCCGAGCCCAAGGCCCACUCCCGCCAGGCCAGCACUGAUGCAGGGUCAGCAGGAGCCUUGACUCCUCAACAUGUCCGAGCUCAUUCCUCUCCAGCUUCGCUGCAGCUAGGAGCUGUCUCUCCAGGGACACUUACCCCCUCUGGAGUAGUGACUGGUCCUGGAGCUGCACCUUCUUCUCAACAUCUCCGCCAGUCUUCAUUUGAGAUUCCUGAUGAUGUACCUCUGCCACCAGGUUGGGAGAUGGCUAAGACGCCAUCUGGCCAGAGAUAUUUUCUGAAUCACAUUGAUCAAACAACAACAUGGCAGGACCCUAGGAAGGCGAUGCUUUCACAGAUGAACGUUACAGCCCCCACCAGUCCACCAGUGCAACAGAACAUAAUGAAUUCAGCAUCAGGCCCACUCCCUGAUGGAUGGGAACAAGCCAUGACCCAGGAUGGAGAAAUUUACUACAUAAACCAUAAGAACAAGACCACAUCUUGGCUAGACCCAAGGCUUGACCCACGCUUUGCUAUGAAUCAGCGAAUCAGCCAAAGUGCUCCAGUGAAACAGCCACCCCCACUGGCUCCUCAGAGUCCUCAAGGUGGAGUGAUGGGCGGGGGCAGCUCCAAUCAGCAGCAACAGAUGAGACUGCAACAGCUGCAGAUGGAGAAAGAGAGACUGCGACUGAAGCAUCAAGAACUGCUUCGGCAGGUGAGGCCACAGGCAUUGCGGAAUAUCAGUCCCAGCACAGCAAAUUCUCCAAAACGUCAGGAGUUAGCUCUCCGUAGCCAACUUCCAACUAUGGAACAAGAUGGUGGCUCUCAAAAUCCAGUGUCAUCUCCCGGAAUGGCUCAAGACCUGAGAACAAUGACUACAAAUAGUUCCGAUCCCUUUCUUAACAGUGGGACAUAUCACUCCAGAGAUGAGAGCACAGACAGUGGCCUCAGCAUGAGCAGUUAUAGUGUACCCAGAACCCCUGAUGACUUCCUGAACAGCGUUGAUGAAAUGGAUACAGGUGAUAUCAGCCAAAGUAACAUACCUUCCCAUCAGAACCGUUUCCCAGAUUACCUUGAAGCCAUUCCAGGGACAAACGUGGACCUUGGGACACUGGAAGGAGAUGGGAUGAAUAUAGAAGGAGAGGAACUGAUGCCAAGUCUGCAGGAGGCUUUGAGUUCUGACAUCCUUAAUGACAUGGAAUCUGUGUUGGCAGCCACCAAACUAGAUAAAGAGAGUUUUCUUACUUGGUUAUAGAGGCCUCAGGGAGACUGCAUUGUAAAUCUGUGAAGGAUCUAAGGAGAUAAGACAUCUGUGCCUGAAGUUCAAAACAAGCCAAUGUGGCAUACUUUUGGUUUGUGGUCAGAAAAAAAUAAAUGAACAAAUAUUCAACAA